AUGAGAAUUCCUAUUAAACAGUAUAUGAAAGAAAACCCUGAUGUGGUUUUAGUUAUGGACGGUGGUCAGGGCACAGAGUUGGAAAACAGAGGUAUUGAUGUGGCCAACCCAGUAUGGUCUACUGUUCCUUUCAUCAAUGAGUCGUUUUGGUGUGAUAACUCGUCGAGAGACAGGGUUAUUGUGAAGCAAAUGUUCGAGGAAUUCAUUGAAGCAGGUUCGGACAUCUUGAUGACGAUCACUUACCAGACAAGUUUCAAAUCAGUGAGCGAGAAUACGCCAUUAAAGAGUUUGGAGGAGUACAAUGGGUUGUUGGACCGUAUUGUGUCAUUUUCUAGAGGGUGUGUUGGUGAGGAUAAGUAUUUGAUUGGGUGUAUUGGUGCGUGGGGUGCGCAUGUGUGUUCGGAGUUCACUGGUGAUUACGGUCCACAUCCAGAGGAGAUCGACUACCUAGAGUACUUCAAGCCGCAGCUCGAGAAUUUUGUGCAUUCGUCUGAUAUCGAUAUCAUUGGGUUUGAGACGAUUCCUAACAUCCACGAGGUGAGGGCGAUUCUAUCGUGGGACGAAAGCGUGCUUUCGAAGCCAUUUUACAUUGGUCUUUCUGUGCACGAGUACGGUGUGUUGAGAGACGGGACGUCAUUGCAGCAGGUGGCCGAUCUGAUCCAUGGUUUGCGUGAUGAGGGUAAGUUGAACCCUAACUUGGUGAGCAUUGGGAUCAACUGCUGUGCGUUCAACCAAUCUCCUAUGAUUUUGGAAUCAUUGCAUAACUCUUGUCCGGAACUACCACUAGUGGUGUAUCCUAACAGCGGUGAAAUCUACGAUACCGUGAAGAAAGUCUGGCUCAAGAAUGAAAACCAGACCAGCACCUGGGACGACGUUGUGAAGUCGUACAUUGAAAACGGGGCGCGGAUCGUUGGGGGCUGUUGCAGAACCACGGUCAGUGAUAUCAAGGAAGUUCGCGCUGCUGUCGACAAGUACGCAAAGGCCACCGUUAAGCAUUGA